AUGAAAAAUAAGAGAGAUGAAAAGCCCCACCAAAAAGAAUUUACCCAUUACUGUCCCCGAGCUCUCUUCCACGGCGUCGGGCGUGCCGGAGGAGCCGAAGAAUUCCGCGUUGAAGGUCACCGUGCCGAGGGUGGAGGUGCGGAGCAAGCGAAGCACGGUUUUGGAGUGGGCGCAAGCUUGCAGGAUGGCUCGGGUUCCGGUGGUGACCCGCCGGACCUUCACCUCCUUGCUCUCUCUUUCUCUCUCUUCGAAGUCCAGCGGUGUGGCUACGUGAAAAAUGUCGUCGCAGCCGUCGGUGUCGAUACAACUGGAUCUGCCGAUGACAUCGCCGCUGCUCAGGAAAUGAGAAAUUUGGCCCCUAAAUUUGCUACCCGCUCGCCGCCUACCUCGCCGGAGCCGCCCGGUUCGCCAUCCACCACAACCGGGCCUAACGUAAACACCGUCGGCGUCUGCUGUUGGGCCGCACGCAACCACUUUCCCUUCUCCUCCACCUUCGCCCAACUGCCCGAAUCCCCGACGGACGACUACCGUGUGCGAAUUAUUUUUGACACCAAAGUUACCGAAAACUCGGUUCAGUUUCGGCUUUGA